ACACACACACACACACACACACACACACACCAUACCUUGUGUUGCUUCUUCAGCAGUCUCAUUAUGGACGUCCAGCUGCUCUGCACUCUGAGUCUGCUGUUACCUGUUCAAGGAGCAGCCCUCGGCUCUGGAGAUGACGGCUGGUCCAUGAACGUGCAGCCGGAGGUACGAGCCAUCGAGGGUUACCCGGUGGUGCUGCCUUGCACCUUCAGCCAUCCGCAGCAUUCCCAGCAUUCCUCCCUGCAGGUGCUGUGGCGUCUGGGCCACGGCCAGGCCGCCACCGUUCUGUACCGCUGCACCAGCCGGCCCGGGACCCCCACCUGUGAGCCGGGGCCCCAGCAGGACCAGCGCUACCGGCUGGAGGGCAACCCGAGGGAGCACGAUCUUUCGCUGCGGAUCAACAGCGCCGCCCUGCAGGACAGCGGACGCUACUACUGCCGGGUGGAGGUUCAAGGACGAGAACACAUCAGCUUCGAGGACAAGAUGGGAACCAGACUGAGAGUGGAGGCUCCUCCAAAGAUCCUGGCUCUGACGGUGGAGGGCAGCGAGCAGUCCGGGUACAGAGCUGCGUGUCGGGUUCAGGGCUCCCCGCUGCCGGACGUCCAGUGGCUCGGCCCGGACGACCUGCUGGAGGGUUCUCCGGUCGGUCCUCUGGCUCAGGGCUCGGCGGCUCACUACCACACCAUCAGCCAGCUGAGAGACGUGGAGGCGGGGCAGCAGUACACCUGCAGCGCCUCCAACCCGCUGGGCAAAGAGCAGGCCACCCUGUACGUCACGGCACCCCGAGCCCCGCCGUCUGCAGCCGGGGCCUCGCCUCCUCUCCUGCUCCUCCUGUCUGUGUCUGUGGGUGCAAAGGUGCUCCUGCUGGUUGGGAUGGGGGUGUGGAUGGUGCAGGGAGGGGCUCUGCGGGGAGUCAGCUGCUGGUGGAAAUAACUGUUCUGAAAUCAUUUAGAAGCAUUUAGAAGCUCAACAUAACAUUUAAUAAAAGUCAAUAACAUGCAAAUUUCUCCUUGGAGAUGAAUAAAGUAUCUAUCUAUCAUAACAUGUGAUAAUGUCAUUAUGUUGUGUUUAUUAAUUUAUUAACAUUAAUAACAUCUGCAGCUGCUCCAUCAGACAGAUAUUUAAUGAUAAUAUAGCAAAACACCAUCAUGCUAUGUUAAAAUGUCUUCAUAAGAAAAGUUGCAGUUGUGAUAAAUACUGUAAAUUAAUAAACACUUCAAAUGUCCUUAAAUCUACAACUUCAUUAUAGGAUCUUAUCAAGAUGUGUUAAAUGUCUGUAUAACACUUAGAAAUAUUAAAUAUAAAGUCUAACCCACUUAAUGGCCUGUUUUAUCCAUAUUUCUUACUAUUAUUAUCAUGUUUAUUAUUAAUCAUUUGACCUGAAGCUGUCAGACUCAGUACUCAGACCCUUUACUGCAGUAAAAGUACUAAUACCACAC